GUACCUGUUCUUCCGGGUUUUUGAAGGUGAAAUAUAUAAAGAAAACGUUGAUUUUCUUUAUUAUUCAUUCAGGUUAAAAGUAGUUCCCAAAUUAGCACAAUGGCAAAUGAACUUUCUUUUAUCGAAAAUGAUCUGCUACAAGAGCUAGAUGGAGAUCGAGAGAAUAUCAAAGAGAUUAUAAACUAUUAUGGCGGAUUUGAUGAACUUCUAAAAAAGGCUAAAACUGGAGAUGUUGGGGCCAUGUUAACUCUUGGCAAUGCAUACUUUGUUGGCACACAUUGUAAAAAGGAUAGAAAGGAAUCUUAUAAAUGGUAUGAACAUGGUAUCCAAGCUGCUGAGAAGAGCCCAGCCCAUGAUGUCCUCAUUGAUUAUUAUUAUGAAUUUGCUACGUUAUUGCUGGUCGGAGGAUUCAAGGAGGUGAUAGGUGAUUUGAAUGAACAUAUUGCUGUAAGGGCCCUUCAUUUGUUGAAUGUUGCUGCAGAAGGCGGUCAAAGACGUGCCCAGCAUUCUUUAGGAAUGAUGUUUAUGUAUGGAGAUUUUGGUAUGGGAGUCGAUUACAAUAAUGCUGAGAACUGGUUCUCAAGAGCUAGUGCUGAUAAGGAGGAAAACCUAACAGCCAAUCAGAAACUUCUCCGAGAUCCUGAAGCAGAUUCUGACCCCUUAAAGUAUGUAUGUUUGUAUCGGCUUUGGGAAAUGUAUAGUACUGAUCGGAACUCAAAGAGGGCACCUCAACAUGACAUUGCUGUCAAAUAUCUAAAAGGCUCUGCAGAAGGAGGUUUCCCAGAGGCCCAAAGGGAACUUGGGAAAUUAUAUUUAGAAGGAGAUAUGAAUGUUGAAAAGAAUACUGCCGCCUGUAAGCUUUGGCUUGAAAAGGCACAGGCAAAUGAUGCUAUCGCCAAGAGACUAUUGAAUAAGCUGUCAUUUCCAGCUGAUGGGACAGUUCGUAAAAUGUGCCAUAAUGAGUCGUGUAAUAAAUUGGAAGGGGAAGGAGGAAUAGAGAAACUUUUGAAAUGUACAAGGUGUAGAGUGGCCUUUUAUUGUGGGAAAGAAUGUCAAAAAGCCCAUUGGAAGUUGCACAAGAAAGUGUGUCAGAAGACAGGCACUGAGCAUUCUUGUAAAAAGUGA